AUGUCUGAACGAAAAGUACUCAGCAAAUACUACCCUCCGGACUUCGAUCCGUCGGCGAUCGGCAGGACGCCAAAGCAUCUGAGACCGACCGGUCCCAAGGUCAUCACCGUCCGUCUCAUGGCGCCCUUCUCCAUGAAAUGCACUCACUGCGGUGAAUACAUCUACAAAGGCCGCAAGUUCAAUGCGCGCAAAGAAACCACCGACCAGAAAUACCUCAACAUCCCCAUCUACCGCUUCUACAUCCGCUGCACGCGCUGCAGCGGCGAGAUCACCUUCCUGACGGACCCCAAGGCAAUGGACUACAAGGCGGAAAAGGGCGCAAAGCGCAACUUCGAGCCAUGGCGGGACACCAAGAAUGAUAUCGAGGAGACGGAGCAGGAGACGCUGGACCGGCUGGAACGCGAGGAGAACGAGGAGCAGGAGCGGUUGGAGCGGGAUAAGAUGGCCGAGUUGGAGGAGAAGAUGCUCGAUUCGAAGCGUGAGAUGGCGAUCGCGGAUGCACUGGAUGAGAUCCGGACGCGGAAUGCCCGGAUCGAGCGAACUGAGGCACUCAGUGGUGACGUGGCGUUGACUCAUGUUCGGAACGAGGUGGAUGAGGAGCGGCUGAGGGAGGAGAAGGAAAUUGAGGAGGCUGCCCGGAGGGCAUUCACGACGGAGACCGGAGAGAAGGUGAAGAGGCUUGUGGAAGAUGAUACAAUCAGUGGGACGACGCCGAGCUCGAGUCAGACAGAAACACCACCUCCGCCCUCAUUCGCUAGGGUUAAGAAGCCCAAAAAGCCUCUGAUCAAUGGUUUAGGCAUCAAGAAGAAGCCCAAGCCGUCUCUGGUAUAA